AUGACGUGGAGUGCCUUCGAAGAGGCUGCGGCAGCAGGCGACGCUACCGCCGCAGCAGGAUACCUUCUCGAGCGAUACACAGCUGGCGGAUCCAAUGCGUUUGGAAUAUGCCGGCAGGUCUUGCUAGGCUACGUGAAGCAGCAUCAGAACGACCACAUUGAGCUCUUGUGGGCCAUGUUGGCAGCAGUGUGGAGCGACGCAGCAUCUCCCAUUGCGUAUCUUUUGCUCAUGGCGCUGGAAGAGGUCAAAAAAUCUACAUCCAUCGCCACUUCUCCACCACCUUCCGUUCGACUCGGGCUUCGAGACAACGUGCUUGAGGCCAUGGAGGAGGAGGUGGCCGUGUAUCCCGGCGGUGUCGAUGCCAAAGUGGUUGUGAAGACCAUCGUGCUGUGUGACAUCGACGACGUCGACGCGACGACCGUCCUGAGAUACGGUAACGCCCAGGUUCAACACAAGGACUCGUUGGCAGCGCUGGUGCAGCUUGUGGCAUCAUUUCCUCACUACCCGUGGCCUUUUGCCGAGUUUUUGGUGCAAUUUGCAGCGUACAGCAGUUGGUCGUUGGCGGAACGACUGAUUGCGACCAUCCAAACAACGCCAGAUCAAUUGAAGCAUCUGCAGUGCACGUUAAUCACGUUGGCCGUUCAAAACGCGGACCUAAAACGCGCACAUCGCUGGGUGCAUCAGUACAGAUUGCAACCGGCCUUUCCAGAACUCGAACACAUACUGCAACAAGAAGCACUAGACAAACUGUGCAGCCAACAAAAGUGGUCACUGGCCAUCCAUUUCGUCGGAGCCAACUCCACGCUACAAGUGCGGCUGUUCCACGCGCUGGUUGCCGCCGGGCACACCUCGUUGGCAAACGACAUCCACGACAAGUAUGCGUUAUCGACUUUAGUGCCCAAGGCAACUGUCAACAUGCAAAGCGCUACCACCACCACCACAUUAUCAUCAUCACUCAACAACGAGGAUGGCGGCGGCGGACACUGCCAGUUUCUGGUCCUGCCCACGGAUGUAUCGAUAGUGCUGUGUGCCACAGACGAUUCCAUGCAUGCCUUCGAGCAAGCUGUAGCCAACGAGUGCACCCUGAGUGGACAUCCACUUCGCCCGUGUUGGCUCGGUGUCGACGUCGAAUGGAAAGCAGUGUUUUCCAAGCUGGACUCGCCGUACGCUAGCGUAUUGCAGCUGGCCGUAGGCAUCCACCGCGUGUUUGUGAUCGAUUUAAUUGCCCUCGAGCAAUCCACGGUGGCGUUUGAGAUCUUGGACCGAGUGCUGGCCAACCCCAAUGUCCUUAAAGUCGGGUUUGGCCUUGCCCAUGACCUACAAGUGUUGCGUGGGACAUUUCCAGACAAAGGGCGCUGUUUUCAUCACGUGAUGGGACAGGUCGAGAUACAAAACGUGCUUGAACGUGUAUACCCCACGACCCAGCAAAGGGGAGGGCUCAGUAGCGCCACACAAGUUGUGCUUGGCGCCUCUCUAGACAAAGACCAACAACUGUCGGAUUGGACAUCGCGGCCCCUCUCGACCAAACAACUCUUAUAUGCUGCCAUGGACGCGUGGUGCCUCGUAAGAAUGAUGGUCAAGCUAGCCCCCACGACGCUGGACAUUGGCACAAGCGACCAUCACUACCACAUACAUCCCCCUCCUCCUCUUCUCUCUUCUGACGCCAUCGAUCGAGUCGUCCAGCUCCGCCAUGCUCAGUUUACUCGCAACUUGGCGACGGAAGAUGCCGUUGUCAAGUAUAUGGCGUCCCAGCCUCCAGCCACGCGCGCGCAGUGUACAUUACUAGUGCCUCCUCCAUUGGAGUCUUGUGAACCGCCGUCAGUCGUGCUGGCCAACACGCUGUGCCUUAUGACUUACGACACACAACCCCAUGUGGUGGUGCUUCGGCAGGCACACAAGGUCGACCUGGCGCUGUUUGCCGCCGCUUGCGGAUGUCCCCGUCGUCGCGUCCGCCUCGCCACACCCCAAGAGUGCGUCAAAGUGUUUGGAUACCCCCCCGGUAGUGUGCCCCCCAUCGCCCACGCCAACCCCGCCACAAAGAUAUGGAUCGACAUGUCGGUGAUGGAAUCGACGGGGCCAGUGGUCGUGGGCGGCGGGCUAAAUCACGUGAUUAAAUGUCGAGAUGGUGCGGCGCUGCGAAUGUUGUGCGGUGGCGAGUUGGCGCACGUGAUCACGCGAGUGUACAACCCCCUGGCUGGCUCUGUACCAGUCAACCACGGGCCGAGGAACCUUUGCUUCUUGUCGGAUGCGCAUUUGGGUCGAGUGACCAAAUGGUUGCGUAUGCGAGGUGUGGACAUUGCGUUGUUUCAAGACCAAGGCAACGACCGCACCAAGUUUAUGGACCAGGCCGCGGACGAGAAGCGCAUCAUACUGACCACAGAUCGAAAGCUCGGCCAGCGCCGACGAAUUGCCGCCGCGUGCUUUGUCCUGUCGUCUGACGAUCCACGCCAGCAGUUUCAAGAAAUUCUCACGCAUUUUCGAUUGACCUCGGUUGGUGAUGUCGUGCCACGGUACUUGCUACUAGUACCUACUAUCUUAUUACUAGUACUCUGAUGGGAAGGAUGGCCUGGUGAUAGUCGUUUUGUGCACCCUAGAUGCUCGCGGUGCAACGGCGAUGGGUUUCGCAUGCUCACACAAGUCGAAGUAGAAGACGCCGCCACUCGAAAGACCAUCUCCCAAGACACGCUGGACACCGUCUCCGAGUUCUGGCAGUGCUUGGCGUGCAAAAAGAUAUUUUGGACGGCGUGGAAGCGGUUUCAGAGCAUGCGGUUCCAAGAUGCAGUGGACAGGACAGACCAUACGGUUGAAGCCUAAGACAUAUAUAUAUAUAUAUAAACACAUAAUACACAUGAAUAGUGUUUGGCUCAUAUUUUAAUAAUAAAAUUCUAUUUUCU